AUGCAACGCGUUGCUCGCUACCCACCCUACGUAAAGGAAUGCAUCCAAGACCAGGAGCGCAUUGUCAAUAUGCAUGCCAAUAGUGUCAAGGAUGAUGGUGCGUUGCGCCAGGCAAGGACCGAAGAUACUUUAAAAAGUCCCAGUGAAUGUCUGCAGUGUGAUGAAUGCCACGCGAACCGCCAUGGUGAAAGUUCAAGAAAGGGUUUAGCUGAAGAGGCUGCUAGAGGUCACGGAAAUCACCUCGCAGUUUUUCACGAAGGGAGACGCGACGGUCUCAUUUGUGUCGCACGAAGGGAAGACGACGGUGUAGUCGCGUUGCUUUCGUGGAUGAUUUACCCUUUAUCCUCUUUAGAGACACGCUGCUUGUUCAGGUGUAGAAAAAU